CCUUUCACUGCCCCUUCACUGCCGUACCAUGAACCUGCGAUAGCUCCCAUCCUUGUCCUCUCCGCCUUCCUGCUUCUUCUCAAUAUCCUCAACGCAGUCCUCGACCGCGCCGUCUACUGCGGCCUUCUGGGCCAGGUGCUCAUCGGCAUUACGUGGGGCACUCCUGGGGCAAGAUGGCUCCCCACUCAGGUGGAAGAUGUCGUGGUCCAAUUGGGCUAUCUGGGUCUGAUUCUGCUCGUCUAUGCAGGCGGUCUCUCUACAUCGUUCAGAGCUCUCAAAGCCAAUCUUCUUCUUUCCUCCGCUGUCGCCCUCACUGGCAUCGCUGUCCCUAUAGCCCUCUCAUACUCUCUUCAGGGUCUGCUGGGCGCAACCCCCUUGCAAGCCUUCGCAGCCGGCGCAGCGCUUUGCUCAACAAGCCUUGGGACUACAUUCACUGUGCUUGCCUCGAGUGGACUAUCUCCCACUAGAUUAGGCAUCGUUCUGACAAGCGCCGCUAUGAUGGAUGACGUCGUCGGUCUAAUCAUGGUUCAAGUCAUUUCUAACCUAGGCGGAGACAGCAUCAGUGCCAUCACUGUCGUUCGCCCUGUUCUUGUCUCCGUAGCCUUCGCCGUCAUCGUCCCUCUGGCAUGCCGUUUCCUUGUCAAGCCUAUCACUAUGGUACUGAACCAAUAUCGCAAGACUCAUCGCGAUGCUCGGAUCAGCAAACUGCUCAGCCUGCGAAGUGCAGCUUUCACAUUCCACACGUCACUCCUUGUAGCCCUUGUAGCUGGUGCUAGUUAUGCCGGUACUUCGAAUCUUUUCGCAGCGUACAUCGCAGGAGCAGCUAUCAGUUGGUGGGAUAGCGAAGUACCACAUCCGAAUACACACUUAGAGACGGCACAAGAGAGCGCAGUGCAGGAAAAGACGAGGGAAACCGGUCCGGCAUCGGAUGGCAAUGCAACCUCGGAAGCGGCAGCUACCGGUGAGGACGAAGUCGAUGCCCGACGGAAUAGCAGACAAGGAAGUGCAGUCCAACGGAAGCCGACCGAGCAUUCUGAAGAACCACUGUUAGUGGAGGACGUUACGUCAGGGUCUGCCAUCUAUGAACGAUACUACCAGCAAGCCGUGACGCGGAUCUUGCAACCGUUCUUCUUCGCAUCUAUUGGGUUUUCCAUACCAACCACCCGCAUGUUCACAGGAUCCAUUGUCUGGCGCGGCAUUGUUUAUACCAUUCUCAUGAGCUUUGGGAAGCUCGUCUGCGGGCUCUGGCUCGUUCGAUUCUCCACGCCGCCAGUGAGGGAUGCAUUCCGCAAAAUGCCAUCUAAGAUGAAACUCCCCUCCGCUCCUCACUUGUGGGGAAAGAGCAAAAACAGGAGAAGGCCGGCCGAAAAUAACGCUGGGGAGUCUAUACCACAAGACUCCCAGCCAUCGAACGCAGCGCAUGCGGUCUCACACUCGCACACCGCCUCUGUACCGAGGCCCUUCUCCCUGCAUCCGCCUCUUAUUCUGGCUCUUGCGAUGACGGCGCGGGGCGAGAUUGGUUUCCUCAUAUCGGCCGUUGCAGAGUCCCGGGGCGUCUUCUCACAAUCUAGCCAGACGCCUGGCUCCGAAUCCGACAUCUUUCUCAUCGUCACCUGGGCAAUCGUGCUGUGUACGAUUAUCGGACCAUUAGGUGUUGGUCUUUCGGUUCGACGAGUGAAGGUGCUCGAAGCGAGGAAGAACGGUGAGCACGAGGGCGCUGGACGGGACGUCCUCGGUGUAUGGGGAGUCGAAUAG